AGCUGGGCCCAGAGGGAAAGAGAGCUGCUGCGCUGCAAGGUGGAUGGCUGGGGCACCUGCCCACUGAAGCACGCCACCCCCAGCCCUGCCAAGCCUGGUGGCACUGGCGAGGGUCAACUAGACCCAUAGGGGGACGAUCUCGCCUGCCCCCGGUGGUGGGGAGCUCUCAGCUUCGGUUCUUAGCAACCCAGACCUGCCCCCCGCUCUCGGGUGAGCCUGUCCCCGGGGUGCACAUGCGGGGGGCCGGCCGCUCAUCAUGGCCGAUGAGAAGACCUUCCGCAUUGGUUUCAUCGUGCUGGGCCUAUUCCUGCUGUCCCUGGGCACGUUCCUCAUGAGUCACGACAGGCCGCAGGUCUACGGAACCUUCUACGCCAUGGGCAGCGUCAUGGUGAUCGGUGGCGUCAUGUGGAGCAUGUGCCAAUGCUACCCCAAGGUCACGUUUGUGCCCGCAGACUCUGACCUCCAAGGCAUCCUGGCCCCGAAGGCCCUGGGCCUGCUGGAGAACGGGCUGACGGAGGUCAAGAGCCCCCAGCCCCCCUACGUCAGGCUGUGGGAGGAAGCUGCCUAUGACCAGAGCCUGCCGGACUUCACCCAUAUCCAGAUGAAGGUCAUGGGCUACAGAGAGGACCCCCGGCCCCUGCUGACCCCCGAGUGGACGCUGGGAGCCCCCGGCAGAGGAGAAGGUGGAUCUCAUACCUCUGCUCAGGCCCCCGUGGAAGCUGCUGUGAUCGUUCACAGGGGCUCCGAGGAAGAUGAAGGAGAAAGACCCCUAACUCAGGGCAGACCCCCAGCCUAUUCCCGAGGCCCUGCGCCCCUGGCCUCCUUCCAGGAUGACCUAGACAUGGGCUCCAACGAAGGCAACAGCUCCCAGUCAUCCCCACUCUACAGGGAGGAGCCACACCCCUCCCCCCAGGGGCUGGGGACCCCUGGGGGGCCUUUGGAUCGUUUCCAUGACUUUGCCCUCAUCGACGACACCCCCACGUCGGAGGACGCGGCUCUGGAGGGGCAGGCGUGGGGGGCGGCCGGGCCCAACCACCAGCCCCGGUCUCUGAGGGUGAAGGAAGAGGAUGCUGCUGACACAGAGCAGGAGGACCCCGAGCCGGAAGGGGAGGAUCUGUACUACGGUCUCCCCGACAGCCCCGGGGAUCCCCUCCCCGACAAGGAGCUGGGGUUUGAGCCCGACGUCCAAGGCUUAGAUGGAACUGCCUCUCGGGUCUAGCCUGGCCGGCCACGCUGCUCACCCCAAGUGACCUCGCGAGGCCUCGGUCUCCCCCGUUUGCAAAGUGGGGUCGUGGGGGAGAGGUGGAAGGAAUGCACGGGACGCAGAUCUCCCCCAGGGGAGCGCACGCUGUGGCUAAAGCGCAGGUGCCGUGGAGCUGGCCGAGAACCCGCUCCAGCCAGGCUGCUAGAAACGCUUUCUGCCCCUUAAGCUGGCCUCUCGCAGGGACCCCUCCAUGGUGCUACCCAGGGCCCCUUGUCCUUUCCUGUGGCUUCUCAGGGCCCUGUACCUGCUCAGUUUUGGUUCUUUGGUGGAUCGUGUAUGAGUGGGUUUCCUGUCCUAGUCUUGACUGUAGCUCCUUGCUUGCUCCAGGUUCUGAGGUCCUCUGUGACUGACCCCCCGCCCCCCCCUGCUGACCUCCUGGCCUUGCCUCUGCCUGGCCCUGUCCUUCUCCUCUUCCAAGGCUCCCCAUCUGCUGGGUAACUCGUCCUCAUACCCUUGGCCAAAGUGACCUUCCUCUGUCAGCUUUCCUGACGUCCCGUCUCUCCUGGAUGGAAGAGUUUCCACUUUGUUAUGUCCCCCAUGGGGCAUGAGCACGGCUGUGGCCUGUCACCUGCUGCCGUCCAAGGGGCGUCAGGCAGGCGUCCUGGCCUUAUCCUGGUCUCCAGGGAUCCAGAGUCACCAGCCAUCAAGCACACUGCAGAGCUCAGCCGAUCCAACAACCCUUGAAGAUCCUGUCACCCUCCCAAACGCUGACACUCAUGUCCGCCCCCACUCCCCGUUCUUGCGCCUUUCUGGAAGGUCAUUUAACAGCCAGAAGGACACGCGUGCAUCAGCUGAGAGAGGGCGGCUUAAUCUCAUUUGACUUCCGUUGGCAUUGACGGAGUAUCUGCCUCUGCCUCGUGCCAGCCACUCACCCGGGGUCUUCAAGGGAGGCGCAACGGUGAAUUCCUAAUACGGUCCAUGACCCCAGAGAGCUCACGAUCUAGACAGCAUGCUGUAUUAUAAGUUAGGGUGCCGGAGCUGCGGCGGGUGUCAUGGAAGAUCCACACACUCAGAGCUGGCCUGGACCGCCCGGGACUUUGGGGACCUCAGCGUGGGCUGGACUCUGGGCGCAGGUUGGGGUGGGUGGCCCUAGCGAAGGGAAGGAAAUGCUGUGGUGUUGGGUGAGAAGGACGCAUGCUUCCCCUCUCCUGGGCCGUUACUACCUCUGUAGGGGAGAUGCCAACGCCUUCUAUGUGAUGCAGAUCGUACGGUGUCAUGCCUCCACCGCAGGUGGGGUGAGGUGUAUGCUGCUGUGAUCCGCUGUCAUUUGCCUCGGGCACAGUGCCACCGCCAGGAACCAAAAUAAAAGUUAAAACCUUUUCCACAUCA